AUGGGCUGCACCAAGAAGUUCCUCACCACCGAGGAUCUCAAGAUGGCGCUCAAUAUCUUCUGCUGCGUCUACGGCAUUGGUACACUUGGUAUGCCCGGUAACUUCUCGCGCGCUGGGCCCGUGCUGGCCGUCAUCGGCAUGGCUUUCAUGGCCUUCGCCAACGUGUACGCAUCCGUGGCCAUCUGCCGCGUGAUGCUUCUGGCUCCCAAGAGCGUCAAGACCUACAGCGACCUGGGUGAAUGGUGCAUGGGCAAAUGGGGCCGUUGGCUUUCGGUCGUCUCCCAAAUGGCCUCUUGUCUUCUCGUACCGUGCGUGUUCCUCGUGUUGGGCGGUACUCUGCUGGACGGCCUCUUUCCGGACGCCUUCAGCGCCACCUACUGGAUCUGCUUCAUGGCGCUCAUGUGUCUGCCUGUGUGCCUCAUUCCGACGCUCAAGGAGGGCGCCGGUGCGGCUUUUGCCGGCUGCGCAGGUACGCUUAUCGCCGAUGUCAUCGGUGUAGCCGUCGUCAUGUAUGGCAUGCGCGGCCACCCAUCGCCACCGUCACCCGACAUCAAGUUCUCGCAGGUCGCGGGUAUGUUCGGCAACCUGUCGUUGGCCUACAACGCCGGCAUUGUCAUCCCGGCUCUGCAGCGCCAGCACAGCGAGCCUACGCGCAUGCCUCGUGUGGUGUUCGCCACGAUGGCCUUCAUCUCGUGUCUGUUCCUGAUCCUGGCCAGCACAGCGUACUCGUCCGUGGGCUGUCAGAUCACGGGAAACCUGCUGUACUCCAUCUACCCGGACUCCACGACCGGCCUCACCACACUGGGCUUCAACUGCACAUUACGAUCGCCUUCUCGGUCAUUCUGA